AGGAAAUCCCGGCAGGAGCGCGAGAGGGGGCCCUGGGAAAGGAACGCGUGCAUUUAUUCAUCGCAAGUGUGCAAGGCUCACCAAUUGAGAGGCGGAGGCAGCACUAGCCGGGCUUAGGUAUUCUGGCCUCUCUGAAUAUAAUUUCGGAUUUAGAGUCAGCUUCAAUCCAAAGGGAAAACACUUUAUAAGGCUGAAAGCUGUGUAGUUGCAACAGCCAGGGUUAUGAGCUAUCAAAGGCAAUUACAUUAGAAUAGAUUAUACUGUGUAAAUUGAGCCAUUUAGAAGGUGAGAACCAAAGAAACAGCUCCGAUCCCCCUUCUCUCUAAAUUGCAGUUUUAGUUCCUUGCAAUUCUGAGGCACCAAAGUAGGUGAGACUGCUUUUGUAUCUGCAAAGUGCUUUAUUUCUGAGUGUAAUUCUAACUGAGUGCAAUCUAGGUUAAAAGCUGGACAACUGGGUAAUUAGAGCUCACUUGCUGCUAAAGGACGAUCAGCUGUACCGUAGCUCAUUUGUGUUCCCAGAGACUUGCUCUCCUCUCCCCUGAGCGGAGGCUGCUGGAGAAGAAGCAUCUGUGCCCGGACUUUUCUUGAUUGCGGAGAUGAUGGUGCUGGACAAGGAGGACGGUGUGCCCAUGCUCUCCGUACAACCCAAAGGGAAGCAGAAGGGCUGCGCCGGCUGCAACCGCAAGAUCAAGGACCGCUACCUGCUGAAGGCUCUGGAUAAGUAUUGGCAUGAAGACUGUCUAAAGUGUGCCUGCUGUGACUGUCGUCUUGGAGAGGUUGGAUCAACUCUUUACACAAAAGCAAAUCUCAUUCUCUGCCGCAGAGAUUACCUGAGGCUCUUUGGUACCACCGGGAAUUGUGCUGCCUGCAGUAAACUGAUCCCUGCCUUUGAGAUGGUGAUGAGGGCCAGAGAUAAUGUUUACCAUUUGGACUGCUUUGCCUGUCAGCUCUGCAACCAGCGAUUCUGCGUGGGAGACAAAUUUUUCCUGAAGAACAACAUGAUCUUGUGUCAGAUGGACUAUGAGGAAGGGCAGCUGAACGGGAGCUUCGAGUCCCAGGUUCAAUAACAGCCCCUGCUUCGCUGGAGCACUGUGGGAUGGGCAGCGAGGGCGCCCGUCAGCUUGCCUGCAAUAUUUUUUUAAUUCUUGGUCCAGAGAGGACUAUAUACAUUGUAGUACUUUUCCCCCCCAACACAAAGCAGUUACAAUUUUAGAUGUACAGUUGUGCCUGCUUAGCUGAGCACUGCAUUGCCUGUAUGUUUGUGAGUUUUUGGGGUCUGGGGGAGGGCUCUGUACAGUCUGUUUUCUGUAUAUAAACUGGAACAUUUAUUUUAUGAAAAAUGUAAUGCAAUUUUAUUACUGGUGUGAAUUAAAAAUUAUGAAUGUUUCCUGGUCAUCGUUGCUGUGGUUUCUUCCCUGUGUGACAAAAGUAUUUGCUGUGCUUUAGCUGAGCAGACUAUUGGAAACGUGUACAUAGAUCCCUGGAAACUGCAUGGAUCACAGCAGAGGCAGAUUCUCUCAUAAUAACUGGGGGAAAUGCUGCUGCAGGGUUGUGGAGACUUGCAUCCAACCACCUGCUUCCCUGAAUAAUGGGAGGGAAUGAGCUGGGGGCAGGUGAUGGCUGGGAACCGAGGCUGCUGUGCCACGCUGAGCUGCUGGCUGAGGCUCCUUGUGGAUUCAGACAGAGCCUUGCCAUGGAAUUCCUGCUGGCUGCCUGAUCCCGUGGCUCCAGUCUGGGCUCCCUGCAGCCCUGCCAACAGGUGCCUGGGCAUUGAUCAGAAUAUUAAUUUCAAGGCUUUGCUAGGCAGUGGGGUUUUCCCGUGGGGCACCACUUGUGCAGCUCAGAGCUGCUGCGAGAGCUGAUGUCAGGGCUGGGACAUGAGCAGGUGCUGAUGCAGCAGCUCCCUGCUCCCAGCCCUUCUUGCUUACUCCGUGCCAGGUGCUUUGACCUCCCACGCAAUAAAAGCGAUCACGUUUGAAGCAUCUCCCGGAGAAAAAAUUCUGAGCUCUGUUCCUGCUGCGAUGCUUUGUGCAAUGAUUUUCAAGGUUAUGCAAUUCAUGUGCAACCCACUGGACUGUAUCAAACACAUUUCUUUGUAUAGUGAGUGUCACUUUAAUAUAGUGCACCAGUAGCUGUAAAGGAUGGCUGCAAUUCUAUUUAUUUUGUCUUCUUGCUUUUUCUUAGAUUUACCCCCCUUUCCUUUAAUAAAUAGACACCGAGUACUUUUUUUCUGAUGUGACUUAAUUGGUUGCUGGUCCUGGGUCGCUUGUGUGUGUUCUCUGAAUUGCAAAUGCCAGAUGCAGUGCAGCUUGGUGCUGCUCUGCCUGUUGCAUGAAAUGCUUUUAUGUACACCUGUGCUGAAUAAUGGCUGAGCAGAAGCAAAACACCACCAGACACUUAGCAUGCUUCAAAAUAUUGCCUGUCAUUUAGAGCUACCUUAGACAUGUGGAUUGAUUGAGUGAUUUUUCUUCACAAACAGAUGUUUUGGGUUGGGAGACCCAUUAUAAAAUGUGUGGCCUCAUCCCUUUUUAUUCCCAUAAACAUGGAUUAGCAAUUAAA